GGAAGUGCCCGCCCCAGCCUGCCGGAAGUUUUCUUGUGACCGGCGCGCCGUGCAGUGGGAAGAUGGCGUUGGAAGCCGGUGAUAUGGAAGAUGGGCAGCUUUCUGACUCAGAUUCCGACAUGACGGUCGCACCUAGCGACAGGCCACUGCAAGUGCCGAAAAUACUUGGUGGAGACAGUGCUGUGAGGGCCUUCCAGAAUCCUGCAGCAGCUUAUCUACCAGUGUCACAUUAUCGGAUUGUUAAAAGCGUGGAUUCAAGCGAAGAGAGUUUCUCUGAUUCCGAUGACGACAGCUCUCUUUGGAAACGAAAGCGACAGAAAUGUCUUAAUCCCUCUCCCAAACCUGAGCCUUUUCAGUUUGACCAGAGCAGUCAGAAACCACCUGUCGCUGGGGGAAAGAAGGUUAACAACAUAUGGGGUGCUGUGCUGCAAGAACAGAAUCAAGAUGCAGUGGCCACCGAACUGGGUAUUUUGGGAAUGGAGGGCAAUAUUGACAAAAGCAGACAGUCUGAGACCUAUAAUUAUUUGCUGGCUAAGAAACUUAAGAGGGAAUCUGAAGAAUACACGAAAGAAUUAGACAAAGAGUUAGAUGAAUAUAUGCAUGGAGACAAAAAGCCAGGAUCAAAAGAAGAGGAAAAUGGUCAAGGUCAUCUCAAACGGAAACGACCUGUAAGAGACAGACUUGGGGCCCGACUGGAGAUGAACUAUAAGGGCAGGUAUGAGAUUACAGAGGAGGACUCUCAGGAAAAAGUGGCUGACGAAAUUUCUUUUAGGUUACAGGAACCCAAGAAAGAUCUGAUUGCCCGAGUAGUGAGGAUAAUUGGGAACAAAAAGGCAAUUGAACUUCUGAUGGAAACUGCUGAAGUUGAGCAAAAUGGUGGCCUUUUUGUAAUGAAUGGUAGUCGGAGAAGAACACCAGGUGGAGUUUUUCUGAAUCUACUGAAAAACACUCCUAGUAUCAGUGAAGAACAAAUUAAGGAUAUUUUCUACAUUGAAAAUCAAAAGGAAUAUGAAAAUAAAAAAGCUGCUAGGAAGAGGAGAACACAGAUAAUGGGAAAAAAGAUGAAACAAGCCAUUAAAAAUCUGAAUUUUCAAGAAGAUGAUGAUACCUCAAGGGAAACUUUUGCAAGUGAUACCAAUGAGGCCCUGGCCUCUCUUGAUGAACCACAGGAAGGGCAUGGGGAAACCAAGUUGGACGUGGAGGAAGCUAUAGAGGUUGAUCAUUCUCAUGAUUUGGACAUCUUUUAAGUAUAUUUUGGACAUUUUGAGGAAUAAACGUUUCUAAAGUAGCAUUGUGAUAACCUUUCUACUGACAAAGCUCUGUUUUAUUUUGCACUGAUAAACAUGAGAAUCUAGAGAAGAGGAAACUUCAUUGUUUUGAAUACAUGUGGGAAAUGAAUGCAACUAAUUUAAAGAUGGCUCAUGUCUGACACAGUACUUAAAAGUAUGUGGCACAGUGUUUAAUUUCUCAGUCUGUUGCAUGGCUAAUAUGAGCAUUACUAGUUACUAAUCAUUUUUUUCCAGAUCAUUAUAAUGUGCCAUUCAAAAGUUCAUUUCUUUUUCUGAUACAUCUUUGUGGUGAGUUUCACUUUGGUUUCAAAACAUUCCGAUGAAAGGUCCUAAUGGGACACACAGAUUGUUAUGCUGUUAACACAUUUGGAUUUCUGUAAUAUAAGAACUCUUAGGCAGUUUUAAGGAGACUAAACAUAGGCAUAUACUGACAGAUCCUACCCAGUUAAUUAUUUGUCCAGAAAUAAAUGUCAGAGGCUUUUCAAAGAAGUAUUGCUUUAUAGCUUUUUAGCUUUUUAUUAGUUAACUGGAUAAUAAAUAAUUCAGUAAUUAUAAAUUGUACAUUUGUUGUAAACUAACCUUGAAGUCUUUUAGUAUUCCCUCAGAGUAGUCAUUUAAGUUGGAUCAUGAAGAGAGAAGUGGUUAUUGGUUGCUUUUUAUUUAUAAAGAAUGAAAAAAUAAAACCUUUGGCAGCCCUUA